CGGAACCGCCUGCAGUGGCCGGGCGCGGCGAGGCCGGGCUAGGUUGUGCGCCGCCAUGCCCCGGGACAACAUGGCCUCCCUGAUCCAGCGGGUGGCGCGGCAGGCGCGCAUCACCUUCCGCAGCCCGGCGGGGCCGGCCUUCGGGGAGAACCUGCACCGGCUACAGCAGCUGCUGGACGAGGUGCGCGCCGAGGACUUGCACUUAGCGCCGCGGGGCCCGUCGGCGGCAGCGGCGGCGGGGGGGGGGAUCCCGUGGGGUGGCGUGGUGCCGCCCGUCAGCUACAUGCACAUCUGCGAGACGGAGAGCUUCAGCAUGGGCGUGUUCCUGCUGCGGAGCGGUGCCUGCAUCCCGCUGCACGACCACCCAGGCAUGAACGGCAUGCUGAAGGUACUCUACGGCACGCUGCGCAUCGCCUGCAUGGACACGCUGCCCCCCGGGGCCGCCACCGCCGCUCCACCGCCCGCCGCCGCCGGCGGGCCCUGCCUCCGCGCCCUGUACCGUUCUCGCCAGCACUACACGCCGGCCUCCCCGCCCUGCCUGCUGUCGCCCCACACGGACAACCUCCACCAGAUCGACGCUGUGGACGGGCCCGCCGCCUUCCUCGACAUCCUGGCACCGCCCUACGACCCCCAGCACGGCCGGGACUGCCACUACUACCGUCUGCUAGAGGGGCCGCCGGCGGCGGGUGCCGAACCGCCCGCGCUGCCGCGGGAGGUGUGGCUGAUGGAGACGCCGCAGGCCGCUGACUUCUGUUGCGGGGGUGAGCCCUACCCCGGGCCCCGCGUCUGCCUCUGAGGCGGCGGCGGCCCGGGCCUGGGCCUCGCGGCGGCCUCUCAAACAAUUGGCUCUCAUCCAGCCCCCGCGCCCGGCUUGAGGGGAGCCAGCCGCUCACCGACCCCUGCCCGGCCUCUUCCCCGGCCCCGCGCCGCCUUACGGACCGGCCUGUCGUAGCGGCCCGGCCACACCACGCCUGCCCUCAGCCUGGUGUCCUGUGCCCGACCGGCGGGACCGCGGGUGCUAGCCGGGACUCCUCGGGAUCGCUGCGAGUCAAAGACUUUCCACAGGCCUGCUCUUUGCGUCGGGUUGCAAUAAAGCGCCACUGUGUGCUUGUAUCCUAUGGGCUGACGUGGAGGAGCAGAACGGUUAAGUUUCUGCUCGCUGAGUGAGUGAAAAGUAAUCCAGUGCCCUGGAUUACUAGGGCCGCGCGUCAGUGAAGGGGUCUCGGGCUGCAGCAGGGAGUGUCAGUGCAGUCAGAAUUGUCGCGGGGCACCCCGGCUCCCCCCGGAAAGGACCCACCACCCCAGCCAGCCGAGUGUGUGCACCCCCAGCUUUUGGGACUCCAGAGCAAGUCUCCACAAGAGCUGUAUCCUGCUAGCUAAAAAACCCGAAACCCAGGACAUGCUCCUCCAGUAAACACCAGUGAUCUCCAGGCAUGAAGUCAAAGGGAUUCCCGCUACAAAGGGACACCACCAGGUUCAGAAUUACUUUUUAAGUUACGUAAAGCAUUGCAUAUGAGAUCUCGCUACUGCAACUGAGAAUUACAGAGUACAUCUAUGCAUAUCUCCUUCAGCUAGGAGAAGGAGACUAGUCAGCUGCUAAUGAACCUCACUUGGAAACUAACGCAGCAGUGGCAGACAGUAGUAGAAACUGUGGGCAUCUCUGGAAAACAAUGAGCUAUCCACUCUUGUGUUGUGGAAACUGUUCUAGAAAUGUGACUUACUUGCAUACCCCAUGUAUACAGUGGCACACAUGUUCGUGGUACAGCUAAGAUUUGACCUGAUGUCUUCUCUUUAAAGUGUAGACUGUGUUUUUAUAUGGACCAGGUGAACGCUUUCUAUGGACAAAUGAAACAUUCUGGGCUUUUGAAGCCUUGCAGUUUCCCUCCUAUUUAUAAACACUAUUUUUUCAUAAAGCUUUUAAAUAAACAUAGUGUAGAAGAGACAAUAAUUUUUGCCUUGCUGUGAUGGAAGCAGUCUGGAGAUGCAGUUUGUCCAUGGCAGGGGAUGCCAUCUUUCUAACAAGGGAGGAAUUAGUUCUGUAGGUGAAUUACUCUGUUGUUACCACAGGGACUGGUCUUGUGCCUGUUCAUCCUAAUGCACACUUUGUACCACAAGCCCGGGCUGUGGCAAUCCCAGUCUCUUGGUCACUGUGUGGGAAUUUGAAUAAGAAAACACAACUUACUUACCAGCUUCUACAACUUACCAACUUCCUAAGUGAUGUACCAACCUGCUCCAGAACCACAACCAGCUUUAAUUUUUCCUUUGUGUAUCUAGAGAGCAGACUUGUUUUUCCUGCACAGUGACUUGUAUGUGUGAAUUUUUAAAUGAUUCUGAUACGACAUUGCUUUUUUGUUUGUUUGGUGGGGGGGGGUUUUGUCCUACAAAAGAAUGAAUGUAACAUACAUUCAGGAUUAUGCAUGCACAGGUUAAUUCUAAUGCAAGGAAAAAAAUUGGUGAAAAUUAUUUCAGGUGAUUUCCAUUUAUUCUUACAGCACUUUAAAGUGUGUGGUAGUUCUGCAGCUGUCUUACCUGUACUUCCUGGAAUUCCCCUGCAGCUUAGCGUUAGUUAAUGUGCAACGAUACUCUAUUGAAUGUAGUCAUUAACCAUAACGCAAUGCCUCCCUGCGUUAGAGCCUGCUUCUGACUCCUCCAACACUAAUGAAGACCAUCAUCAUCCUUUUUUCAGAAGUUCACAAAGAAGAUAGUGUGGUGCAUGCAAACAGCUGUACUGGAAAAACAAACAGCAACAGAGAGCAUUUUUUAUCUCAUCUGCUCUAUCUUCCCUUUAGGGCUUUCUGUUUGGUUUUAAAUUCUUUUUCUCCGUAUGUAAAACUUAGGAUGCUCUAACGCAUCCCUUCAUACAGGACAGCAUGGUCCUUCACACUGCAGUGAGCAACAGCUAUGGCAAAACCUUUUUUCCCCCCUCUUUUUUACAUGAAGGUGUUAGCAUCAAAGUACUAAAGCCAGGAGAAAAACAUCAAAGAAAACCUGAGAUGCAUUAAUGAAAAACCUCUUUGUGUAACUUCUUGCUUACUCAGUAAUUGAAACUUACUGUAUAUGUUCUGGAUAUGUGUAAGCAGAAGGUUUAAGUCUAUAACACUGUUAAUUCUCUCUACAGUUCCAUUAUUGUUUUCACAACAGCAAAAGUUACUGUUACUGCUGAGUUACAGAAUAAAUAGAGGAUAUCUCACCACUGAGCAAUUACUGCUUUGCUUUGUAACGCUUCUGAACCAAGUAUGGCACACUGCACGAGUUUCUUUUCCCUAACAGUGUGAGCAGUGCGUCUGGCCUUUUCUUGAGAGGUGCUGCUCAGCACUGGGAGUUUAACCUAAAUCUCCCACCAGAGCCCUACAAGACAAAUCUGGGUGCAGGCAGUAUGGCUACAUUUGAAGCUGGCUGUUACUGUGAGGCAAAGGCACGGGCUUUACAUCGUUGAUGCUGUUACACGGUGUACGGUUGUCUUACAGCUAUAUGCUAGUCCGUGCAGUUGUCACAAUUCAGC